AUGUUAGACGCAAGCAAGGCCCAGCGAUGAAGAGUGACGCCACCUUGUGCGUCACCGAAACGACUUCACCUCCUCACGACGCAUAGGACCAAAACGACUUCUCUUCUCUCCCUCUUCCUCCGAAGUAUAUGCCGACAAAUCCCCCCUUCUUCCGCUGCUCUCUCUCUCUCUCUCUCUCUUCCACUUCUGAAAGCGAACAAUGAAAUUUCCAUGAAAGUUUGCGACGUGGUGAUGUUUUCCUCUCAGCCUCGCGCCCUCCCCCUUCUGUCACCCUUCUAUAGCGUAUGCGCCACUCUCUGCGGUUGUCUGCACUGUAGGCUGUAAAAUUCAUUCAUCUUUCAUGGAUUUGGUUGGAUCUAUCGGAAAUAUUGGUAGUCGGGUGGGCGAUUUUGGAGCUUGUCUACUUGGGAUUGGAUGCUCAUCGUAGUUUGGGAGGUUUUGCUUGAAAUUCAACUGAAAUUUGGAGUGGUUUCCUUGUCUCCUGGAGUGAAUUUUUUUGGGUGAUGCUAAUUUUCAGGGAACCUGAGAAGCCACGGUUUUAGGAUCAUUUUUGGUUUUCUAAAAUUUUUACUGGGACCUUUUUGUCAGAUUUUUAUUUGUCAUCAUUCUGCGAAUUCCGGGAAGCUUCGGCUUUUCUUCAGUUUUUGCAUAUCUCGUAAAUCCCCUGUAAUUUCUGAUUUGAUGGCUUUUUGAAACUAUUGUAGGAGUAUGUUCUGGUUCUACAAAUAUAUUAGGAUGGGUGUUCAGGCGAUUGCCACAGAGAAUUUGAUUCCAUAACUCUGAUUCACUUCAUGGAAGUUUGUGAAUGGGGGGUUAUGUUUUUAGAUUAAUUGAAUUCUUCCCUCUUCGUUAUUUCUGUGCUAUCUAUGGUGGCCUAAUAGAAUAAAAAACAUAGCUUUUUUCUUUGGUUUUCUUGUUUGUCUUGUAAAUUACCUUGGAUGCCAUAUCUAUAAUUUAUUAUGAGUAUUUUUGUCUCAAUAUCUUUGGUUUUCAUAACUGAGGGAUCAAUGCCAAUGAUUUAGGAUUCGUUUGGUAAGAGCAUAGUGAAUCGGUUGAAUUGGUCUACAGUUAUCCAUGUUCCCGGUCUUCCAUUUUGAAUACGAAUCUGCUUUAGAUUUUGUGUGUGGAUCGAUCUAAAUGUAUAAUAGCAUCCACAAGUAGGACUAUUGGCAAUGGCAAAUUCGACUGAGCCAUCAUCAUCCUUGAGCUUUACUUCGUCUUCCCAUAUUUCGAGUGGUUCUGCUAGCCAAAACAUAUCUGCUUCCUCUGGCUCUGAGGCAGGGUCUAAUCUUGAAAUCAUCAGCUUAAGCAAGCUUAGCUCUAAUUUGGAGCAGCUCUUGGUUGAUUCUGGUUGCGAUUAUAACGAUGCAGUGAUUAUGGUUGAUGGUGUUCCAGUGGGUGUUCACAGAUGUAUUCUCGCGGCUAGGAGUAAAUUUUUCUAUGAUCUUUUUAAAAAGGACAAGGGUUCCUUUGGGAAGGAUGAUAAACCAAAGUAUUGUAUGAGUAAUUUGCUACCAUACGGUCAUGUUGGAUAUGAAGCCUUUCUUAUUUUCUUGAGCUAUUUGUAUACGGGAAAGCUAAGGCCUUCUCCUCCAGCGGUGUCAACAUGUGUUGAUACUGCGUGUGCCCAUGAUGCAUGCAGACCUGCAAUUACUUUUUCCGUGGAGUUGAUGUAUGUCUCUUCCAUUUUUCAGGUACCAGAGCUGGUUUCGCUUUUCCAGCGGCGUCUUCUCAACUUUGUUGAGAAAGCUGAUGCGGCAGAUGUUAUCCCAAUACUCGUGGUUGCCUUCCAUUGUCAAUCUAAUCAGCUUGUCACUCAGUGUGUCCAUAGAGUAGCACGAUCAGAUCUUGACAGUAUCUCCCUGGAGAAAGAGCUGCCAUAUGAAGUUGCUGAGGACAUUAAGUUGAUCCGCCUAAAGUCUCAGCUACAUGAUGAAGAUAAUAAGGUAGCUAUGGACCCCUUGCAUGAAAAGAGAAUUAGAAGAAUACACAAGGCAUUGGACUCGGAUGAUGUGGAACUGGUGAGACUUCUUCUGAGUGAGUCUGAGAUAACACUAGAUGAAGCCUAUGCACUCCACUAUGCUGCAGCCUACUGUGAUCCUAAGGUCGUGUCUGAGGUGCUAGCUAUGGGUCUUGCUGAUGUCAAUCUUAGGAACGUGAGGGGGUACACAGUGCUUCAUGUUGCUGCUGUGCGCAAGGAGCCAUCUGUGAUAGUUUCACUUCUGACAAAGGAGGCAUGUGCCUCAGAAACAACAUCAGAUGGACAGAGUGCUGUUGGUAUCUGUCGUAGGUUGACAAGGCCAAAGGAUUAUCAUGCAAAAACAGAACAAGGGCAGGAAGCAAACAAGGACCGAGUAUGCAUUGAUAUCUUGGAGAGAGAGAUGCGGAGAAACCCAAUGGUUGGAGAUUCAUCAAUCUCUUCCCCAUUAAUGGCUGAUGAUCUGCACAUGAAGCUGUUGUACCUGGAAAACAGAGUGGCAUUUGCACGAUUAUUCUUCCCUCUUGAAGCGAAGUUAGCGAUGGAGAUUGCCCAUGCUGAGACAACAUCAGAGUUUGCAGGUCUUUCUGCGGCAAAGGGUUCAGGUGGGAACAUUAGGGAAGUUGAUUUGAAUGAAACACCCAUAAUGCAGAGCAAAAGAUUCCAUUCUAGGAUGGAAGCCCUUCUCAAAACAGUGGAGAUGGGGGGACGGUAUUUUCCUCAUUGCUCACAAGUGCUAGAUAAGUUCAUGGAGGAUGACUUGCCUGAUUUGUUCUACCUUGAGAAAGGCACUCCAGAUGAGCAAAGAAUCAAGAGAAUGCGCUUCAUGGAGCUCAAGGAGGAUGUUCAGAGGGCAUUUAACAAGGACAAAGCCGAGAUUGAUCGCUCUGGGCUGUCUUCUUCCUCAUCCUCAUCAUCAUUUAAACGGUGUAAAUUACAAGGUUAAGGGGGUUUUGAAGAUUACAUAAAAAAAGAAAAAUAUGGCCAGGUUAUGCAGUUUUUUGGUUUUUUAUGCGAACUUCCCAAGUGUUGGUUCUUUUAUGUAAAACUUUUGAAAGGUGCAAAAUUACCCCAUGAACAUCAUUUUCUUAGAUUAUCAGGCAGGCAAACCCUUGUAUGUUCUGCAUUUCAAACAUGUAUGAUGUAUAAUCCUUUUUGGAGAAGUUUAGAAUUUAAGAAUGAGUAUGUUUUCACCAGUUUCACAAA